AUGAACGCACUGUGCAUACUCAUAGCUUUGGCAGGUGUUAUUCAUACCAUCACCGCCGAUACGUGCGAUGUGUGUACAACUACUUAUGCUUCGGAAAAAACCGCGGGAGGGUCUGACAAUGCUUUAUUGUGCACAGCGGUGAAGAAGUAUGCCCAGUGUCUUGCGGUAGCAAGUGGUGCCGGGUGCGCGUCUGGGGCUAAUGUUCCAGCCACACAGUUUGCUGGUACCAUCGCCACAGAUGCUGGGGCUUUAACCAGCUGCACGUUUGAUGCUCUGUGUUCUGGGUGUCAAAUGACGUACCAAACCGCCAAACUGGCUCGUUCCAGUUCCAAAGCCGUAAACGACUGCAAGGAAGCGUUUACAUACGCCGGUUGUGUGGCCGAUUCCACUACUACAUUCAAGGCUUGUGACGGAGUAACCACCCAGGCAGCACUUACCAUAACCGCUCAGGCAGCAGCAAUAGCCGACUGUUCUGUCUGCGGCACGGAAGCACUGAAAUCAUCGGUCGUGAUUCUGGUAGCGGGUCUGUUCCUGUCUUACCUCAAGUUUUGAUUCUCACCUGUUUGCCACACCCUACAGAGGCUUCUUUCCCAACACCUCUACACGUAGUAGGGACAUACAUGUGUCUGUGACUGUCUUCUGUUAGUCAUAACCAUAUAUGCUGCAUACUCCAUGUAUCAAUAGAAAACUAACGUUCUUCAUUGGAUAUAUGACGUGAAUGUCAA